GCAACAUGCGAAGAGAAGAAACCCAAACUGACGCCUUGGUCAAGGACGCCAACGCAGGAUAACUUGGCUGCCACACUUAACAUGCUCACCGCCUGGCACCAAUCAUGCUAAAUUGCUAAACCGGAUGGCAAUGUUUGCAGGUUCUGGAUGUGCCGUGCCAUCAUGUGCGUACCGAAUAGCAGCCUCGUGGGUUGUGCUUUAAGGGAGGGUGAUAAAAAAGCCUCAUAAUCCAGUACACCGCCUCAAAUGCCAACCACUCCACUCUCUCUCGCUCUAAUUCAACUCUGGAUCGCCGAUCCAGCGCUGCCAUGGUCCAAUCCGGUAUGGCAGUCUCUAACACAUGUUACUGGUGACCCGUGGGCAUACGACCCUUGGAGGGGUGUGACCCGUGUCGCCGAAUGGACGGUGGAUACAGCUCGGGCAGUUGAAGCCUUCAUGAACAAUUGCAGGACAGCUGGGGAUCUUGCAGACGUCGCUGUGAAAGGGAAGGACACUGACCAUGAAGGUCGUUCCGCGUGGAACGCCUGGGUUAAGACGUCAUGGCCCAAAUGGGAUAUCAACAAACUGGUCGACAACAUCUUACAAGAAAGCGGUUGCGAGCCGCAUGCUGUCAUGGCGAGGCUGAAGUGCAAGAGCACAGAUGAUUUUCCGACCAUGGAAGCUGCACAGGUGAAGCAUGUCGUUUCCAUCAAAUUAGCCGAUGCAUUGUUCGGUGAUGAUGGAUUCACCGACGGAACAUUCAUUGUGCCAUCCGUCAUGACGUUUAUUACCACGGUGAUGGUAUUGACGUGGAGCAGAUAUCGAAAGGCCAUGAAACGGCAAGUCGACAGCAUCGCGAAGAAGCUUCAGGAAGUUGAGGGGCAAUGGCUAGCCUGGGCGACCGCAAAUUCAUAUCCUACCUCGGUCGAGCUCCGCGCCUACCUGAAGAAAGUAGAUUCCUUGGUUACACUUAUCAGUCUAUUCAAGGACAAGGAAACGGUUGAGAAGCUCAAUACGCGUCGUGAACAGGUCAAUGCGAUGCUGGCUGGUGCUAAGAAACAUCCCAUUAAGUUAGAAUAUAUGGAAUCCGAACAAAUGAUAUUGUAGAUUUUAUGGGUCACACUACGCUCUAGGUGCACUACACAGCAAUCCGUUUAUUCUCAUGUAUACAUGCUUGUCUAAUUUUGACCGUGAUGACAUACGUAGAAUUCGAAGACAUGAAGCAAUAAACUUCUUCGAC